UGUUAUACUGGGAUUUGUCAUCACACAGUGAUGAUGCAAUUACACUGGAACUAGUGAGUGACCAAUGGGUGUAGUUAUUUUCCAUCAGGCUUGUGUUCACUAUUCAGCCACUUAAGAUAACGUUGUUACCUCAUCUGCCUCACUCCUCCCUCACUCCUCCCCUCUGUGUAUGCGCUCGUUCUCGCUCUCUUUCCUACUGGUUCACUUUCUCUCGAGGGAGUCGCAGCUCUGAUCUUUAGGUCCACACAGUCCACAGUACCUCGUCUCCUCCAGGACUCCAAAAAGACAGUAUGGAGAAGAGCCAGUUUGGACCCCCGCAGGACGUGUCGGCUCCCCCCUACCCCGGCCUCCCAGCGGGCUACCAGGGAAGUGGAGGGGGAACAGCCUACCCCCCUCAGUCUGGCUUCCAGGGAGGUCCCCAACCCGGCAUGUACCCACCACCUCCCCAAUACGACAUGGGCAUGGCACAACCUACAAAUCCCCCUGGGGUAACCCAGGUGGUGGUGAUGCAGCAGCCGCUGCCUAGAGACGUGUCCGGCCAGAUGACGUGUCCCCACUGUCAGGUCCAGGUUCUGACAGAGACCACACACACCACUGGACUGCUCACCUGGGUCAUCUGUGGAUCACUCGGCUUCUUCCUGUGCUGGCCAUGCUGUUUGAUUCCGUUCUGUGUUGACUCCUGUAAGGACGUAGAACACCGCUGCCCCAACUGCAGGAGAGUGAUCCACAUCCACAAACGCAUGUGAACAGACCUAGACCUGACACCUGCCACAAAGUGAUCCACAUCCACAAACGCAUGGGAACAGACCAAGAUGAGACACCUGCCACAAAGUGAUCCACAUCCACAACUAGCCCCGGCCCACAGCCACUGCUGCCACAAAGUGAUCCAUACCUUUAUGAAUCCAUUCCAAUACACCACUAGUCUACACCACUACACUACACCACUAGUCUACACCACUACACCACUAGUCUACUCCACUACACAACUACUCUACCCCACUAGUCUACACCAUGACACCACUAGUCUACUCCACUACACAACUAGUCUACACCACUACACCACUAGUCUACACCAUGACACCACUAGUCUACACCACUAGUAGGUCCAAUAACGCUUUUAGUACCUGAGUAACGGUGACUCAUAUUUCCAACCAUAACACACACACACUUGUGAAGCAAUGUGCUCCUCAUGAAAAUGGAAUGGCUGUUGGUGAGAAGUCACAGUGUAAAGACACUAGUCUGUCUGUGGCUGAGAUGACUACUGGAAGACCAGCUUAACAUUGACUAGUGUCAGUGUGUAACAAGCUAAGGCCACUUCUAGCAGACCUUUACACUGAUUGUAAUGUAUGUUUGCUUUCAUUCUGUGAAUCUUCAUGUUAGACAGAAAGUAUGAUUCUAUUUGUAUUGACGUUGGUAUCGAUUGGUUGUUGGGUUUUUGAAGGGACAGUCCACAGUUGAAACAAUAAAAAAGCUGAACCCUG